AUGGUCACUGCUCUGGCAGAGUCCUCGAGCUCACCACAGGACAGUGCCGAGAAGAAGCCCCCAAAGCCCAGGGAGCCACGAGUGCGACCAUUGCCGCCACCCGUCGAGAGGGACUCCCUGACCCACCGAAUGCAGAGGCUUAGCACUGAGGACGGCCCUCCACCGGACCCCAACUAUCGCUUUCUGGCUGACCGAAUGCGCGAGGGUGAUGCGGAUGGUGGCGGGGACCGAGGUGGCAGCCGUCGCCACCGAGACAAUUACGGAGGCCAGGAUUUUGACAAUGUGCGGCAUGCCAUGCGUCAGGAUAAGGCACUACAAAGGGAGUCUGGCCAUGUCCUGCCUCCGAAGCUGGCCAUGACAGGACGACAGCGGCGAGAGUACGAGCAGUGGAAAAGUGACCGUGCUGCCAUUGACCAGGAGCGAAUGCAGCGCCACACGGAUGCUGAAGGCAACUUCACGCGCGAGUGGGACCUCCAUAAGGAGUUGGGGCCUCCAUCACCUCAGACUGAGCGUCGAGCACUGCAAGGAGGAUUCUCCUCGGGGAGUCGUAUCUACAUGCGAGGGUGCUCUCGAGGCCGUGGUGAAGGUGGCAGGCAAUCCUUCCUCCAAAGCACCGCAGGUGGCCGGGGCAGCCCUGGUGACACAGAUUUUGGUGGUGACGAGUGUUUUCGUGGAAAAACGAGGCACCGGGGUAGCAGCGCUGGUAAAAGUGCACUCGAUGGCCAAGAUGUUUCUCAUCGCCGAGGCUCGAGGCAGAACCAGCGACGCCACAGUGCACGUUCAGAUGUCUCGGAAGGCUCUACUUCUGAUGAUGGUACCCAUCAACUACCACCACUAUUGGCAGGUGGCACAACAGAGAGUGACCCGACUAGGGAUACCGGUGAGCCAGCUGCAGCUGCUGAAACCACCGAACCGAAGUCUGAUGAUCUGUGGGAAAAUUGAACCUGAGCUGCUGAUGGACAAUCAGCAUUUGAACAUCUCAGCCAAAGGCCAAGUCAUCGGAUGGCCCUAAUGAACCGUGCCGGCACUUGCGGGCGUAGCAAGUGGUCCCAUCAAAGUGCACAAAUGCGCCCGACACUGACAGCACAGAUGAGAAUGAAUGAGCAACAAAUCUAGAGGAUUUGCAGACAACAUUGAAAUAAACUGGCAUGGAAGCCAUAGUGUGUAUUUAUGCAUUUUUGUUGCAGC